GAGAAAGUGAAUUGCUCAAGGUAAUCGGCCACCACAGACCGCCUUUCAGCUGGAUUAUACAAGUCUCACACCAAGCUACAAUCGCCAUCAGUAUAUAGCGAAGGUCUUUUAGGCAGGGGCGAGGAAAGUACCAUCUAUUUUUUGAUAACUUCACAUCAAUUUUGCAUAAACUUUUCCAGCACCAUCAAACCUUUACAAAAUGUCUACCUGGGGUUCUUGGCUAGUGGGCAAAAGGGAUAAUCCCAAUUCUGCCAAAGAUGCAAUCGUUGGAUUACGACAACAAUUGAUCAUGCUAGAAAAGAAAGAAGAACAUUUAACGAAAAAGAUUGAUGAUGAAACAAGAAAAGCAAAAGCAAAUGUUACAACUAACAAACGUGCAGCACAAGCAGCACUAAGACAGAGAAAACAAUAUGAAAAUGAACUUGAUCGUAUUUCCGGUACAAGGAUGACGUUAGAAACUCAAGUACAUGCGAUCGAAAGUGCGAAUAUGAAUUUGGAAACGAUGAAGGCAAUGCGCAAGGGAGCGGAUGCAUUGAAGGGCAUACAUGGAAGCUUGAAUAUCGAUAAAGUGGACGCUACAAUGGAUUCUAUUCGUGAACAAAUGGAUUUGACAAAUGAAAUUUCGGAUGCAAUCUCUAAUCCUGUGGCAAUGGGACAAGAUAUCGAUGAGGACGAAUUGAAGAACGAAUUGGACGAGCUUGAACAAGCAGAAUUGAACGAUCGCUUGGUCGGAGCAGAGUCUGUACCAGCUCACACACCUGCCGUUACCGCCGGACCUAGUCGUGUGAAUGGACAAGCCAAUCACGCACAAACAGUUGAUGAUGACGAUGCUGAACUUCGGGCUCUUCAAGCUGAGUUGGCGAUGUAAUCAAUUGCCUUGCUGAAGCCUAGGUUUUAUCGUUCUUUUUCAUUGCUGUCUCAUUUAUGUGCUACACAUUCUUCAGUUCCAUUUAUAUAUUAUCCCAUUCUUUUCGAUCCUUGUACGCAUAUUCAUCGCUUUACACGAGCAAAUGUUACCGAUUCAUCAUAUAC